AUGCCUUCGGUUCGUUCCCACAAGCAGAUCUGGCAACCUGUUCCAGGGCAGCCUGGCCAACGAUGGGGAGCGUUGGAAUUGCAGCAUGUGCCAGGCGGCGGCCUUUGCUGGGUGGCUUCCCAUGCGCUCAGUCGUGGUGAAAUCCUUGAGAGUGGUGAGGCACCUCUGGCCUGCUGGUCCCUUAUCCCGGGCAAGCAGAUGGAGGCUUCUUGCAGAGCGUUCCUGCAGCUGUCGGCACGGAAGCAGCAUGUCUGGCAACGCCUCACCAGCGGUGAUAGUAAUAUGCCCGAGGCACAGCAUCUCCUUGCAUCGUCAAAUGCGAUCGCAUCAAAAGUGGCGGGAGAACUUCAUCACGGGCACUGCGGUGUAGACGUGAGGGCCACUGAAAAAGCAUCUAUGGUCGCAAAAGCUGCCAUCAUUGCGCAUCUUAAUGCCUUUUGCACAGAGCACGGCCUGGCCAUCUAUGAAAACUGCUCUAGGUUCAACCACUCCUGCGUGCCAAAUGCUGAGUACGGUGUCAACGAGCAAGGCCAUAUGAAGGUGAGAGUGAUCAAACCAGUCGCUCAAGGAGAGAAGGUGUGCUUCUCCUACCUUGGCGAUUCACUACUGUCUCGAGAGCCGAGGCAGCAAUUCUUGCGGCAUCGUUAUUUUUUUGACUGUGCCUGUGAUCUUUGCAGCCUACCUGAAGAUGUGCUCGCUGGAAGGGCGUGCUGUGACACACAACGGCUGCUUCCGAGCGAAACGUGCAGUCAUUGUGGCAGUGGUCAGGACAUAGAUUCCGCGGAUCUCCUUGAAAGAUCGGUGGCAACUUUGGCCAUGCAGGGUGAGCCGUCCGAGCAUGAAAUACAGCAGCUACAAGAAACUUGCAGGAAGCUGCACCUGCAAUUCCAUGCUGUUGCUGCCCGCCUUUCCCUUCUAUCCUUUCAUGCUAGAGUUGCUAUGCUGGCGCAAAUUGGCAUGAACCUGGAACUCGUGUACAAGGCCUGGGAAGAUCUUCAAUUUCUGCGUGGUUGCACGUUCGCAGUUAGAACAUAUUAG